GUUGCCGCCACAACAAAAGUGAACGUCGUCGAGAGCAUACUGCGCCGAGAGUCGGCCCCUUGCAACCGUGACAGUACGUUUUGGAGCGUGCUUCGCUCGACUCGUGCGUACCGUGCGUCUUGAUGGCCAGGUGGUGGUUCGUGCUGUUUCUGGCAGCGGGCGCGGCGGCGGCGGGUGGACGCCUGCCUCGCACCUCGCCGCCCGCGCCGCCGCCCACGCCCUCCCCUUCGACCCGCCUGCCGCAGAGGAAUCUCACCCUCUCCGCCAGAGCUUCAGUCAGAAACAGGGAGCAGUACAUAUUCAACGUGUUUGAAGUAAUAGUCAGUACGUUGGAAACAAAACUUCAAAGAAUAGAAAAUCUAGAUAAAGCAGUUGAACAUCUAAUGAGGAGAGUAGAGGCUCUAGACUCAAGAGUCAACGACAAUAUUCAUAAAACUGACGCCAUAAUCUCUAAGCUCGGUAAUCUCGACUUCAAACUUUUCAGUCAUCUCAAUGACGACGAAGAAAGUUACACGGAACACACAACCAGAAGACAAAAAGAAAAGCGAUUAAGCAUAAGUAAUUCGCAAAUACUCGACAUGAAAUUAGAAUCUCUCGACCAAAAAGUAUCGGACAUUGAUUCGAAAUUAGUAGGACUAAAAAAUCAAAUAGACAAUAACUUCUUACCAGUAGAUGAUAUCAACGCGGAGGCGAGUGAAAAGAAACCUAUUAAUUUAAAUGUGAUUGAGAUCGCGAAAGGUUUAAACUCCGAGGUGAUCAAUGAAAUUACGAAAGAAGUGGACCAGUUACGAACAUCAAUGUCAACAGUAGAUCGUAAAUUACAGUUCCAUAUUAAUUUAGUUUCUGAAAACUUAGGAAAAGUGCUUUACAUGAUGGCAGACGUACAUGCUGCAAUCGUAGAACCGGAAUCUGCUUCCAUCAAUGUCAACACUAUCUUCAAGAACCGGACGACUACGAGUACACAAGCACCAGUCUCGAAGGCGAGCAAAAUAGACACACUCGUAAAUAAAAUCAUCCCGAUGAUGAGCGUCUCUGAAAAAAUGGAUGAGGUCUGGGACGUAGUUGUGGGUACAAAGAGUUCUGUAGAUGAUUUAGUACCAAAGUCCGAUGAGUUGCUUACACAAACACAACGCCAAGAACGCGCUAUCGGACAGAUUCACAACGACUUAAGAGUAAAGACGAACUUGAUCAUAGAAAACCUCGAUAUGGUAGAAAAGAGGCUGAAGAAACAAGAAGACGACGUGGCAACAUUAGCGCAGCGCCCAGUCCCGGCGGAAUUACUUUUGGACCCCACGAUCGACAGGCUGGUGGAAUACGCGCCGAGCCGGUACCGCGUGGAGGAGCCGUCGACGGAACCCAGCACCAGCACCGCCGCGGCCACCACAAUCCCGCCCUCGUCCACAUUCAGCAACAGUCCGAGCGGGUCGAGCUCGAGCGCCACAGUAACAGUGACCCCGAGCGGCGCCGGCGCAGCGCCCACUAGCCCGCGCCCCGCCAGCCGCAAGGGCGGCAUCAUCUUCCCCAGUGUGAAGAACAAACCUAUCAUCGGCAAUAACACUUUCGCCUCGGAGAUCGUCGCCAACUAUAAAGAUGUGAAAGGUUAUUCUUGUGUAGAUCUCCUCAAUGCUGGCAUGAGAGAAUCUGGUGUCUACUAUCUACAAAUUAGAGGGACUACAUAUUGGUUCCUAAAAGUUUAUUGUGAGCAGAACAUAUCUGAUGGAGGUUGGACUGUUAUACAUAGAAGAGACGACUUCGGCAUUCCUGCGGAAAAUUUCAACCGGGAUUGGAGUGAUUAUAAGAAUGGAUUUGGCGACCCAAGCAAGGAAUUCUGGCUUGGCAAUGAAAACAUCUACAUGUUGACCAACAACGAUGACUACAUGCUGAGGGUCGAGUUGGAGGACUUUGAUGGUAAUAAGAGGUACGCGCAGUAUUCGCACUUCAAGAUCUACUCUGAAGCUGAGUACUACAAGCUGGAGAUCGACGGCUACGAGGGGACCGCGGGUGAUUCGCUCAACGACCCAUGGUACGGCUCUAACAACAGCCCCUUCUCCACAUAUAACAGAGAUAACGACCGUUCGUCGCUGAACUGCGCGUCCAUGCUGAAGGGCGGCUGGUGGUGGAAGUCGUGCGGGCGCGGCCUCAACGGCCUCUACCUCCACGACCCGCAGGACCUCACCGCGAGGCAGGGUAUUGUAUGGUUCCGUUGGAGAGGAUGGGAUUACACGCUGAAGCGCGCGUCGAUGAUGAUCAAGCCGAAGGGACUGCAGCCCAACACGUGAGCGAAGCGAGCGCUCGCUCGCUCGCUCAGCCAAGUUCGCUCAUUAUGUGGAUUCAACUCAAACUUGCCAUUUUUAUAGGCCUUCGCAAACCAUAUAGCGCAACACUGACUCGACUCAAAGCGGAGCUUUCGACAUUAACACACAUCAAAAUCAUAUAAACUAAUCAAAAGCACAAUUCUGAUGAAUUGGGAAAACUAUUUUCAUUGAUAAUGAAGAAAAUACCACAUUUUACUAAGUUCGCUUAUUUUUAUAUUGAACUGAUGCCCGCGAUUCCGUUCGUGUGGCCGAAUAAAUUUUGGUAAGGAGUAAAAAUUAUUAGAGAAAUUUAAUUGUACAGACAAAUAUAACGAUACCUAUACAUACAGAAGAUGCUAAUCAGACUGAAAAGUAUAUUUUCCAUAGUUUUGCUGAACUAUUAAGUAUGACUCUUCUUCAGCUUCUUUAUAUUUCAACAGAAAAUGCUCAUCAGGCUGAAUAACUUUUGUUAAGGCGUCAUUUCAAUAUUUCCUAUAGUUGCUGUACCAUCAUUGUUCUCCAACUGGUGUUCCAGUUUUCCAAAUAAUUUAUACCCUGUAUGUUGCCCAGGCUUAAUAGCUAUAUAACAAAAAAGUUUCAUUCAAAUCUGUCCAGGUUCCGAAGAUUAGCAUGUACAAACAGACAGAUUAUUUUUUCAAAUUCUUACUCUGUUGCUGUGACACUAUCGCCUAAUUUUAUUUUUAUGUAAAUUGCCUAAUUUUAUUUUUAUGUAAAUACUGUUUUAUAUGUAUUGAUAAAGCGCGCAUUUCAUGUUUUGUUACGUCAUAUAUUUUACUCUUUUUAUAUUAGAAUCCUUCACUUUGACAUCGAUCCUGCGUUGACUCUUGCUAUGCGAAGGCCUUACAACGUGCAGUCGUCAACAUAACAAACAUGAGAAUCGAAUUAUUAAUUCCAUCCUUUAACAAUUAUAUACAAUUCCCAUCGUGUAGUGGUGUGCUAGCCCUACUUCUUGAUCUUUUUCCCACUCAUGUGGGACGGCACUGUAUGUAACUUCUUCCAUUUAACUCUGUCACUUGUUAUUUCACGUAGCACUCCUAUACUUUCUCUGACGCAAUCCAUGGAAUGUCACCCUAUUAGGGCUGAGAUUUCAUAGAUUGCGUCUUAAAAAAAUAUACACUUAAUGACAUAUUUUUAUCUCACGCGUUUUUUCUUUGUUAUCGGUUAAACCGUUAUUAUUUUUCUUAAACCAUUUAAGAUUAUGUUCGCGACCGCACGAAUGACGAGUGACGAACGUUUUAAGUUCGAGCGCUUCGUCAUUUUAACAUAUUUAUACAGUUUAGUUAGGUCUAUUUAUAUUCUAAAAAGUAUUACACAGAUACCAUUGGAUGAAUGCUCUUAACACCUGUGAUAUUUAUAUAUUUGCUCUAAAGAAUUUCAAUUCAAAAGAAUAAAUUGAUGAAUCCAUGUAAUGAAAUAGAACCUCGCAAGCAGUGCCCAUAUCAAUAUUUUGUUUCUAUAAGUUUAGCAUUUAGUAUUAUUGAGAUGGGUAAUAUAAUAAAUAUGUAAAUAAGCAUCAAUACGUAACCUUGAAUAAAAGGAUCACCGUUUGUUGAUUCAUUUCAAAGUGUUUAUCAUAUUAUACAUCUCCAGUUAAAAUAUAACAGAUGUGUUUGCGAUCAUAUCACUGAAAUUUUGACGUUGUUGCUCUAUGAUACUAAUAUUUGCCAAGUCCACUUGCAAAGUGCAGUACCAAAUGCUAAACUCUAUAGUAAUUUCUGUAAAUAAAUCCCUCACUCAGUCGGAUUUGUAACGUCUGCUGCCAUGUCUACACUGGGUCGACAAAUGUGUUGCUGUCUAUUUUUAUCAAUAUAGUGCUAAAAAGAGUUAGAACAUUUGAUGGCAUUCGUUAGUCCAGUGUGGGCAUAUUGUCGGUGAAGACAGUUCUCGUUGUAAAUAACAGACAUCGACAUUCCAUGCCACAUCUCACGCCAAAUUCAUUAAUUUAUUACCAUUUUAUCUUUACGCAAGUUUUUUUUUAUUUUUCUUAGAUUUACGUUUAGUUGUAAGAUGUAAAUAAUUAUUAUACUCGAUAAAAGAAAUCCCUGAAAUUUACUGGCCCUAUGAAAGAUAUCCUAUUUUUUUCUUUUCAUAUACUUACUCGUAUAUGUUACAGAAACGUACGAUAUACGUAAUGUACUUAGAAAGUAAAAAAAAAAAACAAAUUUGAUGUGUCUAUGAAUUAUUAGAAGAUUAACAGCUCAAGCUCCUAUGCAAAUAAAAUGUAUUGGUCUACUUUAUUGAAUAUAAGACGACCUCCGUGGCCAUCACGCUGGACUGCUACACUGGAGGUCCCGGGUUCGAAUCCCGGUCAGGUCAACAUGAAAAAUGAUAUUUUUCAGAUUGACCUGGGUCAUGGAUGUUUAUCUAUAUAUGUAUAUGUUAUAGAAUAAAGUAUCGUUGAGUUAGUAUACCUUAACGUUGGGGCUAACUCAAUCUGUGUGAGUUGUCCCUAUAUAUUUAUUAUUUAUUAAUGUGGUUUACAAGUUCGAUAUGUAUGAAGAACUAGUUUUAUGAAUGUCUAAAUGUCUAAAAUAAAUAAUAAUAAAAGAACAGAUGAAACUCCAAAUGCAAUCAAAAUGUGUCAAAGCCAGUGUACAAUGUGCACUUUGUUUUGAAAUGCAUUGGUAGAUUUUCAUUGCAUUUGGUUCGCGAUUUAUCCAUAUUAAUCAUAUAUACAUUUUAUUAUGAGCGUCUAAAUAUUCGAAAUAAUAGAACUUACUCAUUAUGAAAUAAAUGUUCUGAAAUAGAUUCUUUGAAAGGCAUUGGCCAUGAAAUUAAAUGAUGACAAGUACGCAUAAAAGACGAAUUAAUGUACUUAUAUGUUAGAUUCAUAAUAUAUUACGUUUUCUCCGUGAUUCGGAACUGCCAAUACAUGGCAAUGUAGUGUAUUUUAAGAACGUUCAAUUUAUUGCUCAUGAUAAUGUUGUAUCAAUUGUAUGUACCUGAUGCUUAGGAACUUAAAACCAGUGCAUUUCGUUUCACUUAUAUUUUUACUUUUUGUUAUAUUUAGUUAUAAGUUUUAUGAAAAGAAGAUACAAAAAAUUAAGUAUUACUCUUUAGUUAGGAUGCUAGGGCCAUCAAAUCAUAUCGGGCUAUCUCAUUUCUAAUAUAUCAACAUGAAGACAAUCCUCUGUAUUGUUAUUGUAUGUGAAGCCUAAAGUAACAAUACAAUAACAAUAUUGUUUAGAAUAAUUCAAAAUUAAUUAAUGGAAAAUAUUGUAUUUUAUUAUAUGUACUUCUAAAUGUGAAUGAAUAAAUAAAACUGUACAAACAAAAAGUA